UUUGGAUAACUUUGACAAAUAUGGCCGAAGUGGGAUAGCGAAAAUAAUAACAAAUUAGUUUUAUUAUUGAAAAUUAAACAUUUUUAUCAUAAUAUAUACUAACUAUUGUUCGUAGUGCAUACGAUCAUCACAGAAUGGAUUCUGAAUUGCUGACUCAGGCACUUAAUUAUCAUGGUCAAGAAUUCAGGCGUGUCCUUGAUUCUGAGAAAGGACUUGAUUUUUUAAAAGAUAUUGAUAUGAGAAUUGUAAACUAUUUUGAAUAUCAUAGAAGAGCCAAAGAAUUUGGUUUUCAAGAAAGAAAAAGAAGACAGAAAUUAUAUGAGUUUCUGGGAAAGAAAGCACAUAUUUUGUAUAAAAGUUUAGAUGAUGCAUGUGUCUUACCGAAAUGUGAUGAUGAAAGCAAUGAAGUUCAUGCUGUAAUGCCACCAAUGGAAAGUUAUAUGGGAAUUCCAGGUCAUGAAAGGAAAAAGCAUUUGUAUGAAUUAAUCAAAAAAGGCGACCCUGUAAUUGGAAAAAUUACAGGUAUACAAAACUAUGGUUUUGUAAUAACCUUGCUUUGUUUGGAUGGUGGAAAACGAAGAGAAAUUCAUGAUCUUGGCAUCAAAGUGAAAGUUCAUGCUGUAAUGCCACCAAUGGAAAGUUAUAUGGGAAUUCCAGGUCAUGAAAGGAAAAAGCAUUUAAUGGAUUCUGAAUUGCUGACUCAGGCACUUAAUUAUCAUGGUCAAGAAUUCAGGCGUGUCCUUGAUUCUGAGAAAGGACCUGAUUUUUUAAAAGAUAUUGAUAUGAGAAUUGUAAACUAUUUUGAAUAUCAUAGAAGAGCCAAAGAAUUUGGACACCCCAUUUUAUUCAAAAUAAGAGAAGUGAUUUUUUUUUUAAUUGUUUGUGACUGUAAUUUCAGUAUUAAGUAUGAUAAGGAUGAAUAUGCAGUUGCAAUUAGAAGAUUGCAAUCGAAUAAAUGGGCAUUUAAAAGUGUUAAAGAUGGUGUAGCCUAUUUUAAAUCUGGUAAUCAUGUCGAAGCCUAUCAGUGUUUGAAUAAAGCUCUUCAAAUCGACCCAGAGAAUGUAGAAGCAUUUGUUGCUAGAGGAGCUCUAUUUGCUAAUAAUAACAACAUAAAAAAAGCUAUAGAAGAUUUUGAAAAGGCUUUAGAAAUAAAUCCUUUACAUGGAAAUGCUCAGAAAUAUUUAUCUGAAACUCUGGUUGCCCUUGGAAAAUGUUGUGAAGAAAAAGGUGAUAUCGAAGAAGCAUGUAAAAAUUACAAGAGGGCAAUUUCAAUAAACAAUAAUAGCGAAGCAGUUGAAGCUUUAGUUGCUGCAGAGAAAAGUAGAACAACUGAUUUGAAUGUUUCACCCACUACUCCAACUGCAAGCAACAUUCCAACUGUGAACAAAAUGAUACUACACAACCAACCAGAAUGUUCAAAAAUAGAUGACAUUGAAACUCGACAGAAGUUAAUAUCAUUAUUGCAACAGGAAAAGGAGAAGUCACGACUGNCUAAUGCCAAUGUAUCACCGCUGUUAGAUAAAAUGAGUUCUGGUCAUCCAAAAGAAGUAAUUGCAAAAUAUAAAAACUAUGACAAGUAUAAAUAUUCAAAAUGUUCUCCAAAAUAUAAAAAAUAUAAUGAAGUAGAAACUAUGCAGCAAAUAGAAGAUAAAAGUUCUUCACCACCAAGAAGGUUUAGAAAUGAAGAAAGCAGAAUUACUAAUGAAAAUGAAGUGUUUGAAUCAAGGAGGAAAAAUGAAAUAUAUUCUGAAAAUAAAUGUUUAUAUCCAGCUUCUAAAUCUGAAAUGUCAUCGUCGUCGUCAUCUUCAUUUCAUAAGAAUUCAUUAGAGGAGCGUUUAAAACAAUAUUAUAAAAAAGUUGGUGAAGAUAAUGAAUUAAGUAAAGAAUCAACAUCAUUGUCAUUCUCAUCGUCAUCGUCUUCUUCUUCUUCAUCGACUUCAUCUAAAGAAAAAUGUUCUAAUGAAACUUAUCCUAGAAAUGAAAAUAAGACUGAUAAAGAAUUAUCAAAACUAGUGUAUGUUAUGAGGAAUGAAGCAAUGCCAUUAUUUAAUCCUUCAUCUUUAUCAAAUAGAGAUAUAAAAGCCUAUUUAGAGAAGAAGAAGGAUGAUAUUCACGUCAUACAGAAUAUUAAAAAAGAAGCAUCUAAAUCAAAAAAUGGAGAACAAAGCCCAGUAAGAUGGUUUUCGCAGUCGCCAGAAAGUACAGAAAUCACAAGCAAAAAAAGAAAGCAAGUGUCUCACUCUAAUGAUUCGGCUUAUCACGAUGACGCUUAUCAUAAAAAUGACAAUUUAUGUGAUGAUGGUGAGUCUUCAGAUCAUAGUUCAAAUUCUUCUGAAAACAGUACAAAGAAACCCAGAACUGAAACAAAGAAAGAGAAUUUUAAAUAUGAUAAAAGUAAGUCAAGUUCACAUGAAUAUUACGAACAUUCGUCCUCUAGACAUAAUUUUCCUCCAAAGUCUCGUCAUUUUCAUGAAAAAGAAAAGUCACAGCACUUUCAUUCGGCUUAUCACGAUGACGUUUAUCAUAAAAAUAAUGAUUUAAGUAAUGAUGAUGAAUCUUCAAAUCAUAGUUCAAAUUUGUCAGAAAAGAGUGCAAAGAAAUCCAGAACUGAAACAAAGAAAGAGAAUUUUAAAUACGAUAAAAGUAAGUCAGCUUCUCAUGAAUAUUAUGAACAUUCAUCCUUUAGACAUAGUUUUCCUCCAAAGUCUCGUCAUUUUCAUGAAAAAGAAAAGUCACAUCAUUUUCAUUUUUAUGAAAAAGAAAGGUCAUAUGCACAUUCUUAUGAGAAAGAGAAGUUUUACAAAUAUAAAAAGUCAAAAUCACCACCUCCAGAAGAUUAUAAACAUGAUAAAUAUUUUAAACCUCAUUAUCAUUAUAGUAAAAAUUUCAGAAAUUCUAAACAUAAAAUACACAAAGAAAAUUACUCUAAAGUACCAAGAAAAGACAAAGUCGUGAUUAGUAGAGCACCAGAUUUAGAUGCUUUGAAAAGAAUUCAAGAAGCAGCUCAAAUGGCAAAAAAGAAGGAUUUUAACAAAUCAGCUUUUUCAAAAUCUUACAGUUUUGAUUCUUUGGGGAAUAAUUCAGAAGAAAAGCACGCUCUAAAAGCUGCCAUGGCUGCCGCGCAAAAAAUAAACGAGGUACUGCAGGCAGAACCAAGCACGCCCCCAGAAAUCAAAGAAGAUUCCACAAAAGAAUAUUUGGUAAUGCCAGCUAAACAAAGAGAAACAUUACAACAAAUGGAAAUGUUUCUAGAAAAAUUAAAAGCUCAGAAAAAAGCAGAAUUAAGUGCUCAAGCUAAAGACUAGACUUUUUGUAACACACGAAAAAGAUUUUCAGGUUUAUAUUAAUUAAAGACUGAAAUGUUUUAUCUACAUUGUGAAUAACAUUGUAAAGACAUAAAUGAAAUUUCAUACAGUUUUUUUCAAACUGUAUAUUUAAAAUGUGAUAAAAAU